GCGAAGCAAACUGGUACCUGCUUCUGCACCUGUUUCCCUCACACCUGCCCCGCAGCUGCUCCUACCCACCUCUCCAGGCUGAGUCUGGCCCGCACCCUGGAGACACCCUCGGCUCCUCCAAUCUCACCUGCCUGGGCAGCUCCUCCAGUCAGCUCCUCUAGGGAAAGUCUCACCUCCAGCCCAGAGCAGUCCGGAUUACAGAAAGCCCGGCCUGGGCCUCGGGACCGCCAUGACUGAAGUCGGUUGGUGGAAGCUGACUUUCCUCCGGAAGAAGAAGUCCACCCCCAAAGUGCUCUAUGAAAUCCCUGACUCCUACGCCCAAACGGAGGGAGGUGCGGAGCCCCCGAGCCCUGACGCCGGAGGUCCUCACAGCGACUUUAACACCCGCCUGGAGAAGAUUGUGGACAAGAACACCAAAGGCAAGCACGUCAAAGUCUCCAACUCAGGCCGCUUUAAGGAAAAGAAAAAAGUCCGGGCCAUGUUGGCAGAGAACCCCAACCUCUUUGACGACAGGGAGGACAAAGGACAAUGAAGGCAGCCAAGGAGGACACUAGCACCUCCCUGCCCCCUGCCACUGGUGGGGUCUGAGGCAGGAGCUUGCCACGCUGGCCUCUUUGGUCAUAGCUGAUGCCAUGGUGGCAGGUGAUGCCUGCUGGCAGGAGCACCUGGUUCUUAGGUUUGUAUUUAUGUGCCCCAGAUUUACGAAGGGCCUGGGAGAUCCCAGGGCCCUCCUCCCCGCGAUCACAAACAAAGGCACUCGGGUCUAGGAUGAAAAAUGGCCGCCUAGAAGUACAACUGUCCUUGGCAAAGCAGCUUGGCUCACAGGGAGGCGGCGCGGCAGAGAGUAGAGAGGGAGCCUGGCAGACUCCACCCCCUCCCUGGGCACAGGGUCAAGGGUGAAUUUGGAUCGCUGCUCCCUCUACUUUCUCUACCUGGGACUUGUUCUCCCGGACCAAUCCUAGAAGAGCAGAGUUUCCAGAAGUCACGUGAUAAGCGGUUUCCUUGGUGCCAGAGGCGGAGCUGUUGAACUUGAGAUCACCUCUGAAUUCAAGGAGUAAACCUCCUGGAACUUCGCUCCUCUCCUCGGAGUGGAGCGGCAAAAGAUAGGAGCACUCCCUGGGGUGCUACAGAAAGCCAAAUCAGAAAUCCCUGAGUUAUUGCCUUGACCAGCACGUGUGUGAGUGCUGAAUUACAUAGCCCGAAAGAGAAGCCUCAGUGGUCCAAGGGUCCAAACUAGAGGAAUGGAUGGGUUUCUUUUAC